AGUCACCGCCGCGUCUGUGCUGCUGUCUGCUCUUCGGGCGUCCUCGCCUUUCGCUGCUUUUGACCUCACUGAGGUCCCGACGUCGAAAUCACGUCAUCAACCCGUCCAACGUCUAAAGAUUUACCCCAAAUAACAAAAUAAGCUAAGCUCGAGAUGGAGGGUAAACGUUUGCCUGGUUUUGGGACAUUUGGGCCCCAUUCGUCCCAAACGCCUCCAAAAGACAAGCAAUCAAGGAGUCACAGACACAUGCUACCUCCCGUCAGAAAAGGUCACAUUAAUAAACAGAAGGGCCUCUACUCGGAUGUCUUCACUACUUUGAGGUUUAAGACUUGUGCAGAGGAAGCACACUCCCAUCAGCGUGAUCACCCUGACCUCAGUGAUUGUGAUGAUUCAGAAGACACAAGCUCAAAAUCUCCUUUUGCCAAAUACAAGUUUGAUGACAAGGAGUAUUAUGGCCCCUUCUCAAAGCAAUUACUCACUUCUUACUUCAACCGUGGUGGAGAUACACCAAAGGUCCAGAUGCCCUACAAAACUGUUCCUGGGAGAAGCCCUCGUGAUUUAACCAAAGAGAGGUGUCGAAGAGAAUAUUUGAAGAUUGAUUUUGAAAUGCUCCUGGAAGAAAAAAAAAUCAACUCUAACCUUCUCAUGCCACGUUCUUUGGCCACUAACGAUGAGCAUCCAAUUGUGUCACCCUAUCUUCCACUUGAGAUAUUUGACAAUGUAGAGUUUGACUGCCGUACUGCAGAAGACUGGCUUGUCCUGGGUAAAACUGAAGGAUCAACUUCCAGAAAACCAAUUCCGGCAAAAGCGUUACUGCCUACGGAUGACACAGUAUUGUUUGAAAACGGCCAACCUCCCCCAUCACUGGAGUAUAGCUGGCAUUUGGUGGGAGUUCUUGACUACGAUAGUAACAAAUAUCAAUACUUAGUAGAAAAGGUUUUCCCAAACAAUAGGCUAAAAGAAGGCGAAAGGAAUUGCCCUGGUGUAAAAUGCCUGCAAACAGGCAACCGGCACUGGAUUCCUAGAAUCAGGCUGUUGUUCAGUGCUGAGGACCCGCGUGUAUUUGUGGAGCGAAUCCAGUUUGCUAUGUACCUAAGAGCGACCUCAGAGGCCCUCAUCCUGUAUAACUUAACUGUGGACUGCAUGCCGAUCUGGGAUGAAACGCCAUCUAUCGAUCCACACUGUCUCCACCGUAUCAAAAGACGUGCUCUCUCCGGCUCUGGCCUUAAACUGGAUAUUGUGAGAACAUGUGUAGAGAAAUUGUCCAGGGAGGUGAAGCUGGAAUAUGACCGUACCAUGAAUCGCUUCAUCUUGGAUAAAAGUGUAGUAAGCCACCCACAGGAGUUUUCACACAUUACGCUACCACAGAAGGAACAAGAGCGUGUGCCCCUGAAAGGGUGUGUCACAGUCCCUGCCUUUGACUACAAGAAGAAUCAAGCUGCUUUCUUCCACAAGUCCAUGCUGACAGAACCAAAAGUCAUCUGCACAUUAUCAGAAAUAAGGUUUGAGUGCAACAAAUUAGCAACUAUGAAACUGUUCAAUGUAUCCUUAACUAAACCUCUGCGACUGGAUGAGUUUGAAGCUAACCAGGCCCAAAUGCAAACACAGAUAAGCUUGUUUCUACGUGAGGCAUGGAUGCUCACUGUGACUUACAGUCUCCGACACAAUCUUGAAACUAUCGGCAAAGGCGCGUACAACAUGAACGAGACCCACUGGGGUAUGCACAAGGUUUCCAAGUUGAACAAACUGUUGGCUGUGGUGCACUACAACCUGCAGGACACUCUCCGCAACCUUGUGGAGGACUCACUACUCUGCCUGAGCAAGCUGAUUUUGGAUGCAUGCUGUAGUGUGCUAACAUGCCCUGAUGACCUGGUGUGGGGGGAUGACUACAUUAAUAGCCCCUACAAGCCAAAGAACAAGCCUCUGUUCCUUGUGGAUUUAAUUUUGAAUGAGACAGGUGUAUAUUAUAGUACACCUCUGGAGAAUUUUGAGGCCUCUAUUUUAAAUCUGUUCAAUGAGGGUAUUCUGGUCACACACAAUAUACCAAUGCUUGACAAGUUUUUAAUGAAGAGACUCUUAUUUGGUGACGAUCCUGUGCUGGAGUCAGUACAUCUUUGUGAGCCCAAAGUAGCACAGUUGAGAGAGAAGAUCUGCAUGGCACUCAAGAAAUCAAUCAUACCCCUCAAGGCUUAUGCUGCAGAAUAUACAAAAUACAUUGAGCUGUACAGCUUAAACAUGGAAGAACACUUCAUCUCCAGUAGCGAUGAUGAGAAGACAUCCAAGGUAGUGAAAGUAGAAGUGGAACAACAUUUCAAAGACAAGGAAAUGCUCCAAAGUUCCCUGCCAUCCUCCAUAAUUAUUGGGGCAUUUAUUAUACAUGUCGAGGGAGUACGUCAGAAUCUCAUCAGCAAAAAAAAGGCUUUAGCCAUUGCAACACUCGAGCACCAUGCCGAGAAGCUAAGAAGACACGUUGAAGAUGAAUGUGAUGAGUUCAACAUAAUUGGACACACGCUGAGCGAACGUCCCAACUCCAUUGAGGAUCUGACGGAGAAGAGGGACUGGAUGAAACAAAUUCCUGACCAGCUCAAAAGUUGCAAGGAACGUGUUGCAAAGAUUUUAUCUGAGUAUGAAUUAUUUGAAGAAUUUUACUACCCUUUAUCAAAUGAGGAUUUUAUGAAAAAGUGGCGAGCUAUUGAGUGGCCACAAAAGAUCAACAGACAGAUCGAAGAAGUGACAGUCUAUCUUGUUGAAGAAGAGGAACGCUUCCAGAAGAUUCAGAUAGUUGACCAGGACAUCUUUGAGCAGCGCAUUGAAGGUGUCCAGAUGAUGGUUGGAAAGUUCACAAGUUUAGCAGAUGUUGAUCAUGCCACUGAAAUGGCCAAUGAGGUGAGGCGUGCAAGCAAGGAACUAAAAGAGUGCCAGAGUCUGGCUCAAACCUACAACACCAGAGAACGCUUGUUUGGUACUCCCGUCACGAAUUAUGAUCGUCUGCACAAAAUGGCAAAGCAAUUCCAGCCGUACUUUGACCUCUGGACCACCACCUAUGAUUGGACACAUCGUCACGAGAGCUGGCUCAAUGAUCCGCUGACCUCCAUUGACCCUGAGCUGCUUGAUCGCAAUGUUACAGGAGCCCUGGAUACCAUGAAUAAAUGUAUCAAGCAGUUCAAGGACAACCCCGAUUGCCAAAUGGUGGCAACUUUAAUCCGUGCCAGGAUUGAGGAAUUCCGUCCUUAUGUUCCUUUAGUUCAGGGUUUGAGGAACCCAGGGAUGAGAAUGCACCACUGGCAGUCACUUUCAGAUACCAUUCAAAUAAAAGUUGUGCCCAAAGCUAACUUAACCUUAUCCCGGUGCUUGGAACUUGGCCUACAGAACCACAUGGAUGCCAUAGCUCAGGUGGCUGAGACAGCUGGGAAAGAGUACACCAUUGAACAGGCUCUGCAGAAGAUGAAAGUAGAGUGGUCUGCAAUUCUCUUUGACCUGAUGCCCUACAAGGAAACUGGUACUUACAUCCUGAAGAGUCCAGAUGAAGCAUUGCAGCUUCUAGAUGACCACAUUGUCAUGACACAAAGUAUGUCCUUCUCCCCCUAUAAGAAGGCAUUUGAAGCUGAAAUCAACAAGUGGGAGAGCAAACUCAGAACAACUCAAGAUGUGUUGGAGGAGUGGCUUUUAUGUCAGGGCUCUUGGCUUUACUUGGAGCCCAUCUUCAGCUCGGAUGAUAUCAAUGAACAAUUACCUGUUGAGGGAAUGAGAUACCAACAAAUGGAAGAAAUAUGGAAGCGAAUCAUGAAAGGUGCUUUUGAUAACCCGAAGAUAAUUGAAUUCUGCCCUGGUCCUCACCUGUUAGACAAAUUGAAAAAGUGCAAUGUGCUUUUAGAACAGGUGCAAAAGGGCCUCAGCGAAUACUUGGAGAUAAAACGAAAUGCCUUCCCCAGGUUCUACUUUCUGUCAGAUGAUGAGCUUUUGGAGAUUCUUUCGCAGACCAAAGAUGCCACUGCUGUACAGCCGCACUUGCGCAAAUGCUUUGAGAACAUUGCACGGCUUAAAUUCCAGCCGGAUCUACUGAUCACACACAUGUACUCUGGAGAAGGAGAGGAGGUAAAGCUAUCUGUGACUGUUAUGCCCACUGGGAAUGUGGAGGACUGGUUAAGGGAGGUGGAAAAAUCUAUGACCGCUACGGUCAGGGAUUACAUUGAUCGGUCGCUGAAAGUUUACCCAGAGAAACCUCGCGAAGAGUGGGUUUUAUCAUGGCCAGGACAGGUGGUGAUAGCUGGGUGUCAGGUCUACUGGACUGCCGAAGUGUCAGAGGCUUUGGAGCAAGGAGAUUUGAGUGACCGUCUUUUUCCUAUACUCCAGAAACAGCUGGGAAACCUGGUGCACUUGGUGAGAAGUGGUGUAUCUAAAAUGCAACGAGCUGUACUCUCCGCCCUCAUUGUCAUUGAGGUGCAUGCUAAAGAUGUAGCAGCCAAACUGGUGGAGCUAGGAGUGUUGAGCGUCAAUGACUUUGAGUGGAUUAGUCAACUCAGAUAUUACUGGGCCAGAGAGGAUUUGUACAUCCGAGCGGUGAAUGCAGAGUUUCUGUAUGGAUAUGAGUACCUUGGAAACUCUGGGCGUCUGGUCAUUACUCCCCUCACAGACAAAUGCUACCUGACCCUGACAGGUGCCCUUCACCUCAAGUUUGGAGGAGCUCCUGCAGGUCCAGCAGGCACAGGAAAAACAGAAACUACUAAAGAUCUGGGCAAGGCUCUUGCCAUCCAGACAGUCGUUUUCAAUUGCUCUGACCAGCUGGAUUUUAUGGCAAUGGGAAAGUUUCUCAAAGGCUUGGCGAGCUCUGGUGCCUGGGCAUGUUUUGAUGAGUUUAAUCGCAUUGAUGUGGAGGUGUUGUCUGUGGUGGCACAACAAAUCACCACGAUACAAAAGGCUCAACAGCAAAGGGCAGAAAGGUUUGUUUUCGAAGGUUCUGAGAUCCCGCUUGUUCCCUCUUGUGCUGUAUUCAUCACUAUGAAUCCUGGUUAUGCUGGUCGCACAGAAUUACCUGACAAUCUUAAGGCCCUGUUUCGUCCAGUGGCCAUGAUGGUUCCUAACUUUGCCAUGAUAGCUGAGAUCUCACUGUACUCAUUUGGCUUCAGUGAUGCCAAAGUCCUCUCUCAGAAAAUCACCAGCACUUUCACACUCUCUUCAGAACAACUUAGCUCUCAGGAUCACUAUGACUUUGGAAUGAGAUCUGUGAAGUCCGUUAUCUCAGCUGCUGGAAAUCUAAAAAGAGAAAAUCCCAAUAUGAAUGAGGAAUUGAUCUGCCUGAGGGCCAUCAAAGACGUGAAUGUGCCCAAAUUUUUACGAGAUGACCUGAAGCUCUUCAACGGCAUUGUGUCCGACCUUUUCCCAAAGACAAAACAGGAGCCAAUUGACUACGGAACGCUUGAGGAAUCGAUGCGGAAUAUAUGCGUUAAAAUGAACCUGAAAGAUGUGGAUGAAUACAUUGGUAAGUGUAUUCAACUGUAUGAGACCACUGUGGUCAGACACGGCCUAAUGUUAGUGGGACCCUCUGGUUCAGGUAAAACCAAGUGUUAUGAGGUUCUUGGUGCGGCGAUAACAGCUCUAAAAGGUCAGCCAUCUGUUAGCGGUGAUCUGUAUGAGGCAGUUCAGACAUAUGUGCUUAACCCCAAGUCGAUAACUAUGGGGCAGCUUUACGGGGAGUAUGACUUGCUCACGCAUGAGUGGACAGAUGGCAUUCUCUCUUCUUUAAUCCGGAUGGGUACUUCAGUCAUGGACAAUGAUAAAAAGUGGUAUAUGUUUGAUGGUCCAGUAGAUGCUGUCUGGAUUGAAAACAUGAACACUGUGCUGGAUGACAAUAAAAAACUUUGCCUUAGCUCUGGAGAAAUCAUCAAGCUCACUGAGUGCAUGACCAUGAUGUUUGAGGUGCAGGACUUGGCAGUGGCGUCGCCAGCUACAGUGUCUCGCUGUGGUAUGAUCUACCUAGAGCCCAGUAUUUUGGGCCUCGUCCCUUUUACAGAGUGUUGGAUCAGGCAAAUCCCCAAAAUAAUGAGACCAUUCAACGAAGAGCUCACUUCCUUGUUUGCACGGUUCCUUCAGGACUCUAUCAAUUUUGUCCGCAUAUCAGUAAAGGAGGUCAUCACAUCACUGGACAGCAAUCUGACUUGUAGUCUUCUAAAACUCAUGGAUUGCUUCUUCAGUCCAUUCAACUUUAGUGAGGAAGACAAGCCACCACCCCGAAAUAAACUAGACCGUAUCAAGGAGCUGAUUGAGCCGUGGUUCAUUUUCUCCCUAGUUUGGAGUGUCGGUGCCACAGGCGAUUCACCCAGUGGCCAGCGCUUCAGUGCCUGGCUCAAAAACAAGAUGUCAGAAGAAAAGAUUAAUUUAUGUUUCCCAGAAGAAGGCCUGGUAUAUGACUACAGGCUUGACGAUGCAGGGAUAAGUCGGUGGAAUGAAGAAGAGGAAGAUAAAAAGGACAGAAAGGUGCAGUGGGUCAACUGGGUGAAUGAUGCAAAGAGUGUUGUAAUCACCCCAGAUACAAGUUACUCUGACAUCAUAGUUCCCACUGCUGACACAGUGAGAAUGACAUUCCUAAUGGAUAUGCUUUUGACCAAUAUGAAGCCUUUGCUUUGUAUCGGGCCUACCGGGACAGGAAAGACUCUCGGAUUAUCUGACAAGCUGCUAAAGAACAUGCAUCCGCAAUACGUCACCCACUUCCUCAUGUUUUCAGCACGGACCUCAGCCAACCAAACUCAAGAUUUUAUAGACAGCAAGCUGGAUAAACGGCGGAAAGGUGUGUUUGCGCCUCCUAAAGGCAAGUACUUCAUUUUUUUCAUUGAUGACCUCAACAUGCCAUUGUUGGAGACCUAUGGCGCCCAGCCGCCUAUUGAACUGCUGCGGCAGUGGAUGGACCACACUGGCUGGUAUGACCGGAAGCAGAUUGGGGCUUUCAAGCAAAUAGUGGAUAUCAAUUUUGCCUGUGCCAUGGGACCUCCAGGUGGAGGCCGCAACCCCAUCACACCGCGCUUCACGCGACACUUCAGUUUUCUAUCCUUCACUGAACUGGAGGACGCCAGCAUGAAAAAGAUUUUCUCUACCAUUUUAGGCAGCUGGAUGAAUGGAAACAUGAGUAAAAAGAAUCCAGGCAGAUCAGUGCCAGAAAUUGUACCACUGAACAAUGCAAUCGUCAAUGCCACUAUCCGUGUGUACACUACUAUUUGCACUCAGCUUCUCCCAACUCCUACAAAGUCUCACUACACAUUCAACCUCAGAGACCUGUCCAAGGUCUUCCAAGGUAUCCUCAUGGCGGAGACGUGCAUGAUAGAGAGCAAAGAGAUGCUGCUUCAGCUUUGGUACCACGAAAACUGCCGGGUUUUUCAGGACCGCUUGGUGUGUGCAGAAGACCGGGAGUGGUUCAGCUCCCUCCUGAAGGAAUUUAUUCAGGAGUUUGGGUGUGACUUUGAUGUGGUCGUGCCAUGCCAGCCUGUUUUAUAUGGGGAUUUUAUGGUUCCUGGUGCUUUACACAAAGUCUACACUUUCAUAGAUGACAGGGAAAAGUUAGAAGACAUUAUGGUGGAGUACAUGGAAGACUACAACCAAAACUGUACACCAAAGAUGAAGCUUGUGCUCUUUCUGGAUGCGAUUCAGCACGUUUGCCGAAUCAGCCGUGUCCUGCGUCAGCCACUGGGCAAUGCCCUGCUGCUUGGUGUGGGUGGCAGUGGACGACAGUCUCUCACUAAGCUUGCCUCAUAUAUAUCAGAGUACAAGUGUUUCCAGAUUGAGCUAUCAAAGAACUAUGGUCAGUUAGAGUGGCGGGAAGACAUUAAAAGCAUCAUGAUGAAGGCUGGCAUUCAUAACCAGCAGAUCACCUUCCUCUUUGUGGACACACAGAUUAAAAGUGAGUCAUUCCUGGAAGACAUCAACAGCAUUUUGAACUCUGGCGAUGUUCCCAAUUUGUAUGCAUCAGAUGAGCAGGAGCGCAUUCUGGCAUCAAUGAAGCCAGUGGUCCAAGAAUUGGCCCAGCAGCCAACCAAAUCAAAUCUUAUGGCUGCUUACCUUAAAAGAGUUCGCACUAACAUCCACACUGUACUCUGCAUGAGUCCUAUAGGGGAAGUGUUUCGUGCAAGACUGAGGCAGUUUCCUUCACUGGUAACAUGUUGCACCAUAGACUGGUUCAGUGCAUGGCCAGAUGAAGCGCUGCAAGCUGUGGCCACAUCGUUUCUUAAUGAGCUCCCUGAGCUAGAAGCUAGCCCUGAGGUCGUGGAUGGACUGACAGUUAUGUGCAUGAAGAUUCACCAGAAUGUAGCCAAAAAGUGUGAGCAGUUCCUUGCUGAGCUUUCUCGCCAAAACUACGUGACCCCUAAGAGCUACUUGGAACUGCUCAAUAUCUUCUCAAAUCUCAUUGGACGGAAGAAACAAGAGCUGUGCCAUGCAUGUGAGCGCAUGAGGACUGGUCUGGACAAGCUUCUAAGCACAGCAGAGGAUGUGAGUAAGAUGCAAGAGGAGCAGGAGGUGAUGAGGCCACUUUUGGAGGAGGCAGCAAGGGAAACAGAGGUCACAAUGGAAACUAUCAAAAAAGACUCUGUGAUUGCAGAGGAGACUCGGAAGUCAGUUCAAGAAGAAGAAGCAAAGGCUUCAGAAAAAGCCCGUGUAGCAGGGGAAAUUGCCAGCGAUGCGCAAAGGGAUCUAGAUGAGGCCCUUCCAGCUCUUGAAGCUGCAACCACCAGCCUUAAAUCACUCAACAAGAAUGAUGUCACUGAGGUGCGAGCCAUGCAGCGUCCUCCUCAAGGCGUGAAGCUGGUAAUUGAAGCUGUGUGCAUUAUGAAGGAUGUCAAACCAAAGAAGGUGCCUGGAGAAAAACCUGGAACCAAGGUUGACGACUACUGGGAACCUGGCAAAGUAUUGCUGCAGGAUCCUGGCAAGUUUCUCGAUAGCCUUUUUGGCUAUGAUAAGGAAAACAUCCCGGAAAGAGUGAUUACUUUGGUGCAACCCUACAUAGAUAAUGAAGAAUUCCAGCCUGCUGCCAUUGCCAAAGUUUCCAAAGCUUGUACCUCUAUUUGUCAGUGGGUUCGAGCCAUGCACCUUUAUCACUUUGUGGCCAAGGGUGUGGAGCCUAAAAGGCAAGCACUCAAAGCAGCCCAGGAGGAAUAUGAUGAGUCUCAGAGAAGUUUGAAAGCUGCUAAAGAAAUGCAAGCAGCUGUUGAGAGUGGUAUUGCGGCAUUGCAGGCCAAGUACGAAGAGUGCCUGGCCAAAAAAAAUGAGCUGGACAACAAGUACCAACUGUGUGAGAUACGCCUUGUUCGAGCAGACAAGCUUAUAGCUGGACUGGCAGAUGAGAAAACACGCUGGAAGGAGACUGUGCAACAUCUAGAAUACAUGGUCAAUAAUGUGUCAGGCGAUGUGCUGAUGUCUGCAGGAUAUGUAUCAUACUUGGGGCCCUUCACGGGAUCCUACAGGGCAGCGAUGGGAGAGGAGUGGCUGCGAUGUUUUAAGGAGUUAAACAUUCCACAUACUGAUGCACCCAAUCUCAUAACCACUCUCGGAGAUCCUGUCAAGAUCCGCUCCUGGCAGCUAUCAGGUCUACCUAAAGAUAACCUUUCAGUAGAGAAUGCUGUGAUUGCCCAAUAUUCUCUCCGCUGGAAUCUUUUCAUUGAUCCUCAAGGUCAAGCAAACACCUGGAUCAAAACCAUGGAGCGGGAUAGUGGAUUGGAGAUUAUAAAGCUCAGUGACCGAGAUUUUCUCCGCAGUCUUGAAAAUGCAAUUCGCUUUGGCAAGCCCUGCUUACUUGAGAAUGUAGAAGAGGACUUGGAUCCUGCUCUUGAACCUGUACUACUGCAGCAGACAUUUAAGGAGCAAGGCAGCCUAAAACUGAAGCUUGGCGAUUCUACCAUCCCAUACCAUGAAAGUUUCAAGUUUUACAUCACCACCAAGUUACCAAACCCACACUACUCCCCAGAGGUUUCCACUAAAGUCACACUCAUCAACUUCACACUGUCACCAAGUGGUUUGGAAGACCAGUUGCUGGCCCAGGUCGUUGCGGCGGAACGUCCAGAACUGGAAAUCGCUAAGAACCAGUUGAUCGUCAGCAAUGCCAAAAUGAAGCAGGAGCUGAAAGAUAUAGAGGAUGAGAUUCUGUUUCGUCUCAGCUCCUCAGAAGGAAACCCGGUGGACAAUCAAGAGCUUAUUCAGGUCUUGGAAGCUUCCAAAAUCAAAGCUGGCGAGAUUCAGGCCAAAGUGAUUGUAGCAGAGGAGACAGAAAAAGACAUUGACGCCACCCGUCUGACUUAUGUACCUGUGGCUGUGCGCACACAGAUUCUUUUCUUCUGCGUAUCAGAUUUGUCCAACGUUGAUCCCAUGUACCAAUACUCCCUGGAGUGGUUCCUUGGCAUCUUCAUGAUUGGCAUCGCCAAUGCUGAAAGAGCAGACACGGUGGAGCAGCGAAUCGAGAACAUUAAUGAAUAUUUUACCUUUAGUCUGUACUGCAAUGUGUGUCGCAGCUUGUUCGAGAAGCACAAGCUCAUGUUUGCCUUUCUCCUUUGUGCUCGCAUCCUAAUGAAUGAUGGUGAAAUUGACAUGGCUGAGUGGCGUAACUUGUUAUCUGGAGGGAUGCCCAACCAGGAACUUGCCAACCCAGCCGUAAGAUGGCUGUCGGACCGUGCCUGGAAGGAUAUUCUGGGCCUCAGUGUUCUGGAGACCUACAGAGAUCUUGCAUCGACAUUUGACAAACAUCUACCUGGCUUCAAGAACAUUUUUGACAGCAACAUUCCUCACAGAGAGCCUCUCCCUGGUGAUUGGGACACAAAGUUAGAUCGCUUUCAAAAGCUGUUGGUUCUGCGCUGUCUGAGGGCUGACUGUCUGGUUCAAGGCAUACAGGACUUUGUCUCUGUUAAAUUGGGACAGCGCUUCAUAGAGCCUCAGACAUCAGACCUAUCGGUAGUCUUUAAGGAGUCGUCCCCCUCCUCUCCUCUCAUCUUUGUUCUUUCUCCGGGCACUGACCCAGCUUCUGACCUCUACAAGUUUGCUGAUGCCAUGCACUUCUCCAAAAAAAUGACUGCCAUCUCCCUGGGCCAAGGCCAGGGCCCCUUGGCUGAAGCCCUAAUGCGCACCGCAAUGGAAAGAGGUCAAUGGGUUUUCUUUCAGAAUUGUCACUUGGCACCCAGCUGGAUGCCGUCACUGGAAAGCCUUAUUGAGAACAUCGACCAAAAGGUACACAAAGAUUUCCGUUUGUGGCUCACAAGUCUUCCCAGCAAUAGAUUCCCGGUGUCCAUUCUUCAAAAUGGGACAAAGAUGACCAUUGAGCUGCCCAAGGGGAUUAAGGCAAAUCUACAGAAAACCUACCUGAAGCUCACAAAUGAUUUUAUCAACUCCUCCAACAAGGUAUCACACUUGAAGUCAUUGCUCUUGUCUCUGUGCUUGUUCCAUGGAAUUGCUCUUGAGCGAAGGAAGUUUGGCCCAUUGGGCUUCAAUAUUCCCUACGAGUUCACCGAUGGUGAUCUGAACAUCUGCAUCAGCCAACUCAAAAUGUUUCUAGAUGAGUAUAAUAACAUUCCUUACAAGGUGUUAAAAUACACUGCAGGGGAGAUCAAUUAUGGUGGCCGUGUGACAGAUGAGUGGGACAGACGCUGUCUUCUUAGUGUGCUGGAAGAUUUCUACUGUCCUGCUGUCCUCCAAGAGGAUCAUGUUUACUCUCAAUCUGGAGUUUACCGGCAGAUUGAAACAAACGUGGAUAUCAAGGGUUACUUGGCAUAUGUCCACAGUCUGCCCAUAAAUGAUACACCUGAGAUCUUUGGUCUCCAUGACAACGCUAACAUCAGCUUUGCCCAGAAUGAAACAUUUGCUCUGUUGGGAUCUGUACUGCGCCUACAGCCUCGAACUGCAUCUGCUGGGGGCAAGACCCUGGAGGAGAUAGUGGAGGAGAUAGUAGCAGGCAUCGUGGUAAAAGUCCCACAGCCUUUUGAUAUUCAGGAGGUGAUGGAAAAGUACCCUGUGCUAUAUGAAGAGUCCAUGAACACAGUUCUCAUGCAGGAGGUCAUCAGAUACAACAAUCUGCUGGAGGUCAUCGCACAGAGUCUCAGUGAUAUUGUGAAGGCUCUUAAAGGUUUAGUGGUGAUGUCAUCAGAACUGGAGCUAAUGGCCAACAGCCUGUUCAACAACGGUGUGCCUGAUAUGUGGAAGGCCAAGGCCUACCCAUCACUGAAGCCCCUGGCCUCCUGGGUGUCCGACCUGCUGCAGAGAAUCCGUUUUCUUCAAGGCUGGAUUUCAAAUGGAAUUCCACCGGUCUUCUGGAUCAGCGGCUUCUACUUCCCUCAAGCUUUUCUCACGGGAACCCUGCAGAAUUAUGCCCGUCGCUUUGGCAUCUCCAUCGACACCAUUGGAUUUGACUUUGAGGUUGUAUUAAAAGCCGUGUGCGAUAUAGACCAAAAGCCGGACACGGGUUGCUACAUCAAUGGCUUAUUCAUCGAGGGUGCUCGCUGGGAUAAUAACGCCGCUCAGCUCACAGAAUCCAGACCCAAGGAGCUCUAUACAGAAAUGGCUGCCAUCUGGCUCAUCCCCACGCCUGACCGCAAACCUCCGACCUCUGGGAUCUACGUUUGUCCUAUUUACAAGACACUGACACGCGCUGGAACGCUGUCUACUACCGGGCAUUCUACCAACUAUGUGAUUGCAGUAGAGCUGCCUACAGAUCUCACUCCAGGACACUGGAUCAAACGAGGAGUGGCCCUCAUUUGUGCUUUGGACUAUUAAAAACACAAUCUGAGCUGAAAAGGAACAGUGACGUUCUAUGUCAAGGACUUGGGUCACCAGUUGCUUUUUUUUUUUUUUUUUUUUUGGUUACCUUUUUCACAGCAGAUAAAAUAAAAUAAAAGAUAAAAUAAGACAGAUUAUUUAACAAAAAAAACUCAAAUAACCCCCCCAAAAAUUAAUUUCAUGGGAUCCAGAUAAAUGUGAGUACACAUACCCAUUUUCACUUUUUGAACAACUUUGAUACUGAUGGAACUAUCCACCUAUGAGACUCAUAAUGGUACCACUACCCAUCUGUCCAUGUUACUCCAAGAACGAGGAAGUUGCUAACAACAAAUAUGAAAUGUAGUAAUUGUGUAUGGUUAUUACAGGAUUGCUACACACAUCCAUCCAUUUUGUGAGACGCUUAUUCUCAUGAGGGUCGUGGGAGUGUAGGACCAAAUUCCAGCUGUCAUCCGGGAAUAGGCAAGCGUGUAGCUUAACUCUGUUGCCAGCAAAUCGCAGUGAAUUGCUACAUAUACAGUAUAAUGUAAAGUGAUACCUUGACUUAUGAGUGCACCGAAUGAGCAUUUUUUUCAAAUUAUGAGCCCUGCUUUGUCUCUUUUUUUUUUUUUGCAUGUAUUAAAUAUGGAAAAAAGUCAAAUGGACAAAAACAAAAUGAAAACACCCACAAGGUCUGUAGAGAAGAUGCUAAGACUGAAGUCUUACCUACCUACAUACCUGACUGACUGCACCUCCAAAUGUUCAGUUUGUGGGUGAGCUUUGCAUUAAAUACAUUUCAUAAAACCAGUAUUUAUUUACACUCUUAAUAUAUUUUUGUGUCUAUUUUACAAUACUUCUGUUUGUUUUGAAAAGAACAAAAAAAAAAAAAAGAUUUGGGGUGGGCUGGGACAUAUAAAUGCGGCUGUCCCCUCCAAGAAAAUGAAGAAGAGGGGCGAGAAACCCGAAUAUUUGUUAAUAAUAUUAAGGUGGGUGGUACAUGUUUAAAAAGCUGCAAAUAGGUCAGUCCCCUCGUGCUUGAGUGUCAAACUAU